CCCCGCGGCCCGGCCCCGGCUAGACCGCGGCCGCCGAGCGGCUGCCCCCGCCAGGAUGUUCGCGGCCGGGCUGGCCCCCUUCUACGCCUCCAACUUCAGCCUCUGGUCGGCCGCUUACUGCUCCUCAGCCGGCCCGGGAGGCUGCUCCUUCCCGCUGGACCCCGGCACCGGGAAGAAGCCCUCCUUCUGCAUCGCAGACAUCCUGCACGCCGGCGUGGGGGAGCCGGGGGCGGCUCCCGAGGGCCUGGUGGGCGCCUCAGCCGCCGCCCUCACGGCGCACUUGGGUUCUGUCCACCCGCACGCCUCUUUCCAAGCUGCCACCCGAUCUCCGCUUCGACCCACGCCGGUGGUGGCGCCCUCCGAGGUCCCGGCCGGCUUCCCGCAGCGGCUGUCCCCGCUGUCCGCCGCCUACCACCACCACCACCCGCAGCCUCCGCAGCAGCAGCCGCCACAGCAGCAGCCCCAGCCGCCGCCGCCGCCACCGCUACCCCGCGCUGGCGCCCUGCAGCCCCCGGCCUCGGGCACGCGAGGGGCCCCGAACCCCCACCACAGCGGCUCGGCCCCGGCCCCCUCCAGCAAAGACCUCAAAUUUGGAAUUGACCGCAUUUUGUCUGCAGAGUUUGACCCAAAAGUCAAGGAAGGCAACACGCUGAGAGAUCUCACGUCCCUGCUAACCAGUGGGCGGCCCGCGGGAGUGCACCUCUCGGGCCUGCAGCCCUCCGCCGCCGGCCAGUUCUUCGCGUCUCUAGAUCCCAUUAACGAGGCUUCCGCCAUCCUGAGCCCCUUAAGCUCGAACCCGAGAAACUCAGUUCAGCAUCAGUUCCAAGACACAUUUCCAGGUCCCUACGCCGUGCUGACAAAGGACACCAUGCCUCAGACCUAUAAGAGGAAGCGCUCUUGGUCGCGCGCCGUCUUCUCGAACCUGCAGAGGAAAGGCCUGGAGAAAAGGUUUGAGAUCCAAAAGUAUGUGACCAAGCCGGACCGAAAGCAGCUGGCAGCGAUGCUGGGCCUCACCGACGCCCAGGUCAAGGUGUGGUUCCAGAACCGGAGGAUGAAGUGGAGGCACUCCAAGGAGGCCCAGGCCCAGAAAGACAAGGACAAAGAGGCAGGCGAGAAGCCUGCGGGUGGAGCCUCUGCUGCAGACGGUGAGCAGGAGGAGAGGAGCCCCAGCCGUUCGGAGGCGGAGAGCGAGAGCAGCGACUCCGAGUCUCUGGACAUGGCCCCCAGCGACACGGAGCGGACUGAGGGGGCAGAGCGUUCUCUGCACCAAACAACGGUUAUCAAGGCGUCAGCAGCCAGUGCCCUCAUCCCGCCCAGCAGCGGUGGGAGUGGGGGGAGCAGCGGCGGCAGCAGCAGUUUUAGCUUCAGCAACGCCAGCAGCCUCAGUAGUAGCAGCACCAGCACCAGCAACGCGGGUAGCGCCAGCAACAAUGGCAGCAGCGUCCCGGAAUUACUUCCUGCGCCCCAGCCCACAGUCAGCGGUGCUCCCAAAAGCCCCGAGCCCGCCCAAGCCCCUCUUGGCAGCUUAUAGACUGGACGAGGGCAGAAGGAACCAAGAGCCCUGCGUGCAGCCUCCCAGCCUCGGACUGGGUUCUGUGCCUACUUUAUGUUGCAGCGGGGCCAGGGUCAGGGACUCAGCGCAGAGGUUCCUCCCAACGGUCACAGUUGGCUCCUCGACGCCCACACCACCCAGAUCCGAAGAGUGUCUCAGUGCCAAAGGCUCCCAUCGUGAUUGGAAUUCUCCCUGGACACGAGCUGCCACGCUUGCACUGGUGAAGUGUUUGGCUAAGCAAUUCCUCUCAUCGCACCAGGAGUCGAGGCACUUAGGGCGCCUUAAACUUGUAAAUAAAAAG